UAGCAACAGUAUUGAGGCAGAUCCGCAGCACUGCCAACGGUAUUGUUUUAGCUUACUGUUUACCUGACAUGUUUAAUUAUUCAGAAACCAAGACCCUCCUUCUUGUUUCUGAAUCUAUGUCCCUUCUUUGCAGUCCUCAUCUUCGGCUUCUUCAUGAUUUAUUUUAAGUUUAGGGGCUACUGCUUUCUUUUUGUAUAGAUUAUGAUUCUCAGUUUUAUGAUUAGUUAGUGGGAAUUUGAGGCUAUGUCAUCCAGUGAGGAGGAAAGUCAUACACCCGCGCGUAAGGAUGUCAAAGCAAAUGAGCUAAAAAAAUAUGAAUAUGAUGAACUAGCGAAGACAACUCGACUUUUCUCCAAUGACAAACUCCUUGGCAGGGGAAGUUUCGGUGAUGUCUUCAAGGGAUCCCUUCCAAGUGGUGAAGUUGCUAUUAAGAAACUUAAAUACAGGGACGGACAGUGGGAAAAGGAAUUUGAGGAGUUGAUUAAGGCCUUAGGCACUGUGCGUCACCAAAAUCUAGUUAGCCUGAUUGGGUACUGCAGUGAUUCAUCCGAUAGAUUGCUUGUUUCAGAGUUUGUUCCCAACAAGUCCUUGAAAUUUCAUCUAUAUGAUGGAAAAAGAAGAUCAAAUUUGAAUUGGUCAAUAAGAAUGAAAAUCGCCAUAGACACUGCAAAAGGAUUGGCAUAUCUACAUAAAGAAUGUAGCUCCAAAAUCAUUCACGGAGACAUCAAGGCAGCUAAUAUUCUUCUUGACGAUAGUUUUAAACCGAAGGUUGCAGAAUUUGGACUUGCCAAGUUUUAUUCAAAAAUUGAUCAUAAAAAUCAUCCUUCUCAAAAGAUCUCUGAGGAGUCAGAUGUUUAUUUCUUUGGUAUUGUGCUUCUAGAGCUGAUUAUGGGGAAAAAAGUUCAAAAUAAAGACGUCAAGAAGGCGAAGGCUCUAAUGAAUAAAGGAGAAGAUUUGGUCGAAGAUGAUUAUGCUCGUCUCAUUGAUUCCACAUUGAAAGGGCACUAUAAUGCAAGUGAAAUGGGGCGAAUGAUUCAUUGUGCUGUUAUUAGCAUAUAUAAACCGUUAGAAUCCCGGCCAAACAUGAAACAGAUAGUUGAAGUUCUUGAAGGACGAAAGUCCACAAAGGAAUUAUGGUUUGUUAAUUCCCAGCAAGAUUCGUCACCGUAUAACGCGCUUGCACCUAAGAAGGACAAUCCACAUGGGCCGAAGGAAUUUGAGUAUACAGUUCUAGCAGAUGCAACUGGAAAAUUCUCCUACGCUCACCGCCUUGGCGGUGGUGGUUUUGGUGAGGUCUUUAGUGGAACCCUUUCCUUCAAGAAAAAUAAUAGGGAAAACCUUCAAAGUAGCGACGUUGCUAUUAAGAAACUUGCAUACAACAAAGAUAAACCAGGGAAAGAAGAAUUCGAGAAGGAGAUUAAGGCCGUUGGCAUUGUGCGUCACCGAUGUCUUGUUAGCUUGAUUGGGUACUGCUGUGACGAGUACAAUAGAUUGCUUGUUUUAGAGUUUGUUCCCAACAAAUCCUUGAGAUUUCAUCUACAUGGAAAUCAACAACCAACUUUGGAGUGGUCAAAAAGAAUGAAAAUUGCCAUAAGCUCUGCAAAAGGAUUGGAAUAUCUGCAUAAAGGCUGUACUCCUCCAAUUAUUCAUCGGGAUAUCAAGGCAGAUAAUAUUCUUAUUGACAAUAACUUUGAAUCAAAGAUUGCAGAUUUUGGACUCGCUAAAUUUUUUCCAGAAACUGGUAGCGUUACUCACAUAAGCACCAUAUUGAAGGGAACUAACAUUUAUGCAGAUCCAGAAAAAUAUCCUUCUCAAAAGCUUUCUGAAAAAUCAGAUGUUUAUUCUUUUGGUGUCGUGCUUCUAGAGUUACUAACAGGGAAAGACCCUUUUGCUGGAGAUGGCAUCGUAAAAUGGGCGAUGCCUCUGAUGAUCGAAGGAAAUGAUUUGAUCAAAGACAAUUAUGCUGAUCUUAUUGAUUCUAAAUUAGAGGGGCAUUACAAUCCAAGUCAAAUGACACGAAUGAUUUAUUGUGCUGCUGCUAGUGUGUAUAAACCUUCAAUAUCUCGACCGAUGAUGGAAGAAAUAGUUUUAGUUCUUCAAGAAAAAAUGCCUCCUGAGAACUUAUGGCUUGCAAAAGGCGAAACUUCCCGGCAAGAUAACCAAUCUCGGAAGCCAUAUCCAAACGAACUGGAGCCUCCUACAUUGCUGCGGACAUUUUCUUUUGAAGAACUAGCAAGUGUAACUAGUAGUUUCUCUGGCAAACACCUCCUUCGGGAUGAUUAUUUUUUUCAAGUCUAUAAGGGAGUCCUUCCAGAUAAUAAUAAUCAAAAUGUGGCAAUUAAGAGAAUUAAACACGUGUCAGAACAGCGAAAAGAUGAAUUCGAGGAGGAGAUCGAAGCCAUUAACCAUGUUCGUCACCGAAAUAUUAUUACGCUCAUUGGAUACUGCAGUGACAAGGAAAACAAUAGAUUGCUUGUUUUUGAGUUUAUUUCCGACAAUUCUUUGAAAUUUCAUUUACAUGGAAAUGGAAGUUCAACUGAUUUAGACUGGUCAAAACGGAUGAAAAUAGCUGAAGGCUUAGCGGAAGGAUUGAAAUAUAUGCAUGAAGACUGCAAACCCAGGAUCUUACACCUAUAUGUCAAAUCAGAUAAUAUUUUCCUUAAUAAAAAAUUUGAACCAAAGCUUGCAGAGUUUGGAAGUGCCAAGCUUUUCCCAGAUUCUGUUACUCAUCUCUCUAUCGACAAAAUCAUGAAAGAUUCCGGUUAUAUGGCUCCUGAAUAUGACUCUACCAAUAAACAUCUUACUGAUAAGUUUGAUGUUUAUUCCUUUGGUGUAAUUCUUCUGGAGUUAAUUACUGGAAAAGAACCCGUUGGUGAUUUGGAUGGUCACACUACCAUAGUUGACUGGGCCAAAAGACAUCUAUCCAAAGGUAAAGACAGUUUUGUUGAUGACAAACUAUUAAUGAAGUAUGAUACUGAACAAAUGGAUCGAAUGAUUGCUUGUGCUUUAGCAUGUGUACAUGGUGAUCCUCAAAAUCGACCACAAAUGAGUGAGAUACUUGAAGCUCUAAAAGGACGUGUUAGUCUGUAGACUUUGGAUGUUCGUUGAGAAGAGAAAACAGCUGGACCGAGCACCUUGAUGAUGCAACAUAGAUAAUACUAUUUCUAAAUCGGAAGCUCAGAUGACGUUUGAGGUGAAUAGUCCAACAAACUAGCUUUUUAUUCCAGGAAUUCAUGUUGUUUGAUAUUUAAGACAUAAUGGGAAGCUUCCAUGUGUCAUUUAAUUUGCAUUUUUUUUUUACUUCUGAAAAAUCGUUGAAAUGAACGGUUAGAUAUCUGAACAUUUUAAUGUGAUUUCUUUUUAGUGGACAA